AUGGCAACUCCCGCAGCAUUCUCAAAUCCCGUCCGGGAAACCCAAGACAUACAGGACGAAAAGGUCCGGGAAGCAUACCAACAAGGCCACGAUGCCGACCGGACACCAGAAGAGUCCUAUACAACAGACAUGGAAAAAGGCCUCCAAAGUCAAGCCCAAUCAACCUACACUGACGAACAAACACUCUCCGGCGACGUAACGGCAGACCCAGAAGCACCCGAAGAUCCCAACAUCGUCGACUGGGACGGCCCUUCCGACCCGACGAAUCCCCAAAACUGGCCCAUGUCGAAGAAAUGGGGCAUCAUCGCAUCCUUGGGCGCAUGUACGCUCAUCACGCCACUGGCAUCAUCUUUCUUCGCGCCUGGCGUUCCACAAGUACUUAGGGAGUUCCACGAAACCUCGAACGUUAUAGCUGCCUUUGUUGUGUCUGUGUAUAUCCUUGGCUUCGCUAUUGGGCCCCUGUUCAUUGCGCCACUGUCUGAGCUGUACGGUCGCAUAUACUUGUACAAUGUGUGCAAUCUGCUGUUUGUUAUUUUCAAUGUUGCGUGUGCCCUGUCCAAGUCUAUGGGCAUGCUGAUUGCUUUCCGCCUCCUUGCGGGAUGCGCUGGCUCAGCGCCUUUGACUAUCGGAGGAGGAACCAUUGCCGACAUGUUUCCCCCCGAACAACGCGCCGGCGCAAUGGCAAUCUGGUCUCUAGGCCCGCUCCUGGGCCCCGUCAUCGGCCCCGUCUGCGGCGGCUUCCUCGUCGAAAACAUGUCCUGGCGCUGGGUAUUCUGGAUCCUCGCCAUCUUCGGCGGCGUGUUCGGCCUCAUACUCCUCCUCGUCGGCUCUGAAUCCUACGGGCCCACGCUGCUCGAGCGCAAAGCCGCUGCAUUACGCAAAUCCACUGGAAACCCGGAUAUUCGCUCGAAGCUCGCGAAGAACAUCCCCCCGAGAGAGGUGUUUGUACGCGCGAUUUCGAGGCCGAUGAAGAUGCUUUUCAUGUCGCCGAUUGUGGGCCUGAUGAGCUUGUAUAUUGCGAUUAAUUAUGGGAUUUUGUAUCUUUUCUUCACGACGAUUACGUUUGUGUUUGAGCAGAAAUAUCACUUUAGCUCUGGCGCUGUGGGUCUGUCGUACAUCGGCUCAGGCGUGGGUAUGCUGGUGGGCAUGGGAGUUCUAGGGGUCAUGUCCGACAAGGUCAUCAAAAAGCAACAAGCCAAAGGAAACGUCAAGCCGGAGCAUCGACUCCCGCUGAUGUUGACGGUUCCGGGAGCAGUCGCCCUACCCAUUGGCGUCUUCGUGUACGGCUGGACGACAUACUACGGCGUCCACUGGAUCGUCCCCAUCAUAGCGACCGCAUUCAUCGGACUUGGCAAUCUUACCGCCAUGAUGACCAUUCAAACAUACCUCGUCGACGCCUUCACAAUCCACGCCGCAUCGGCAAUCGCAGCAAACACCGUCCUUCGGUCGGUUUUCGGCGCAGUGCUCCCGCUAUCUGGCUUGUCCAUGUACGACGCACUAGGCCUUGGGUGGGGGAACAGUCUGCUGGGAUUUAUUAGUCUGGCGUUCAUUCCCGUGCCGAUUUUCUUCAGGUUUUAUGGAGAGAGGAUUCGGACGAGUAAGAAGUUCCAGGUGCAGUUUUGA